AAUCAACAAUUUGGAGUUUGGAUUAAGAAAAUCGAGAUGGAGGAUACCGGAGCAAUUCUCUACCAAAUUUCAUGCCUCAAGGAAAUGCUCGAUCAGGUGAAUGAAGAAAUCGAAUCCAAUAUUCAAGUAACGCAGGAGAUAGAAUCAGAUAUGGUCAAGUGUACGGAGUUCGAAGCUGCUCUUACUACCAGAGAAUCUCAACUUACUUCGCUUUACAUUUCUCACUUCGAAAUCGAUGGCUUGCUCUCCGUCUCCGCCGGUUCAAAGAAUUCGCUAAAAUUUGUGGAGGAUAAGUUGAGUUGUCUAACAACGUAACGAGAUGAGAUGCUGCAGAGGAUCGAAAAGAAACGAGAAGGAUUUACCAAACUGUGCUUAGAAUUUCAAAGGGAGAUCGACAAUGGGGAAAACAAUGAGAUGGUGAGUUUGCUGUCAGAGAAAGAGCGUCUUGAGAAAGAAAUUCAUCUCUUGGAUAAGAAAAAUAAUGCUUUCAGAAAUUCGAUGUCCGCUUUUGUGGAAGAAGUUCUUGAGGACCUUUAUACUUCAAAUACUGGUAAUACUCUGUAUCCCAUUGUUUUUGUUUGAGCUUCCAAUUUUAAGGAUUGGCAGUGCUUGUAGAGUUAGCUUCAUACAUGAUUAGAAAUUAGAAGAAGAUGCAUGAUUUUCCCUUCUCUCCGUUGUUUGGACUACAUGUUAUUCCUUUCAUCUUUUUGAUUCCUGGUGUUUACUAU